UGGAUCUAUCUUCGUUCUGGAAUCUGUCCAUCGUCACUAAAAUUUGGUCAUCUUGCAUUUCGAGGACAAGAGGAUACCCUUACAUCUUUUCUUUUACUAUUGAGCACACUGGUAUUCCUCUCCACAUGCUUAGAUCUACCAACUGUGGGUGACGGGAACUUGGGCAGGUCCCGUCACAUGUCUUGCGCCGCUCAAUAUGGCAUCUUUAAGUGGUCACCCUGCACGGCCCCCAUCCGCUGCUUCGUCGUCCACGGUGAAUCCAAUCGAGAAUGAAGGAUUCGGCAGUUUCGAUGGCGCUGAUAGUGAUUACAAGUCUCAGCACAUAGCUACAGGCGAAGAUAAUGCUAAAGGCAUCGAGGAAGGUGGUGGACUACUGGAGAAAAGAAUGGACUACCAAGCUACCCAGAGUCCCCCAAAGAGUCGUUUUGGCUGGGCUGUUUUCUGGAUAGUAGUAAACACUCUAGCGACGAUAGGCAUUGUUUUCACAAACAAGGCCAUCUUCUCGGAUCCGUCUUUGAAGCUUGCGCAGUUAACAUUUGCUGCUUUUCACUUCUUUAUGACGUGGUUACUUCUCUUCACGUUAUCGCGGCCUCGUUUCGCGUACUUUAAUCCUCGCCGUAUUGCUCUGCGAGAUAUCGUUCCCCUCUCUGUCGCCAUGUCGUUGAACGUUAUUCUUCCAAAUCUGUCGUUAGCCUUCUCUUCCAUUACUUUCUAUCAAGUUGCGCGCAUUCUGCUUACUCCGACUGUUGCAACUAUGGAUCUUAUUUUAUAUAGGUCCAUGUUGCCUCGAAAUGCCAUUCUAGCUCUUAUCCCUGCUUGCUUAGGUGUUGGUAUGGUUUCUUACUAUGACUCGCUCCCGACAAAUGACGCCAAUGUAAAGAGCACGUCAAGUUUAGGCGUGAUGUUCGCCUUUAGUGGUAUAUUUGCUUCGUCGCUAUAUACGGUAUGGAUCAAAAGCUACCAGCGGAAGCUAAAAGUGUCGAGUAUGCAACUACUCUUCAACCAGGCGCCCGUUUCAGCAUUCCUCCUACUUUAUGCUAUUCCUUUCGUGGAUACGUUCCCUACCUGGACGGAAGUCCCGAUGGCUCGGUGGUUCAUGAUAUUGACGUCUGGCGUAUUUGCCGCUUUGAUUAACCUGUCACAAUUUUUCAUUAUCGGACAAACAGGUCCAGUUUCGAGUACUGUUGUCGGACAUCUAAAAACAUGCCUCAUAGUGGCACUAGGCUGGGCUACAUCUGGCAGGUCUGUUGGUGACAAAUCAGUCAUAGGCGUCUUUAUUGCGAUAGGAGGGAUUGUCACGUAUUCAGUUGUGAUGCUACGGCAGGCAACUCGCGGUUAAAGGCAGCGCAAUACCAAAGGGGGUUAUCGUUCCGUGCGGCAGCUAGGAAAAUAAAGCUGCAAUUCCAAUGGGCUACCAGAAGCUCAUAUAUUAUUAGAUCAUAUGGUUCUAGGCGUUAUGAUGGUAUAAGGAAGGCCUUUACGAUCGGCGUGGUAGUAUUUGUUAGUAGGUUCCGAUGCUGCUUAAAGGCGUUCGUAAGGUUCCCGAGGGAAUUGCGAUAAACGGAUGUACAAUACGAUACCCAUCAUACACGGAAGUGUUGGUUAAGAUAUUAGAGCAGCAUGAAAUAGACAGCAGUUAUGCUUCUUGGA